UUCUCAGCGUUUGCUUCAUUCUCUACGUUGGGAGCAACAUUCGGUGCAUUGUUCAGCGGUAAAAUGGCGAUCGUACUAGGAAGAAGAGGAACAAUGUGGGUCUCCGAUAUCUUCUGUGUCAUUGGUUGGCUGUGCAUCGCUUUCGCUAAGAAUGUGUUGUGGCUGAACUUCGGAAGAAUCUCAUCGGGGAUAGGAAUCGGUUUGAUUAGCUAUGUGGUACCUGUCUACAUAGCAGAAAUUACGCCAAAACAAAUUCGUGGUACAUUUACCUUUUUAAACCAGCUUCUUCAAAACUCUGGACUCGCCAUGGUUUUUUUUUUUGGGAAUUUCAUCAGCUGGAGGAAGAUGGCUUUACUAGGCGCCCUACCAUGCGUUAUUCAAGGAAUCGGUUUAUUCUUCGUACCAGAGUCUCCAAGAUGGCUGGCAAAAGUUGGUGCGGAUGAAGAACUAGAAAAUUCACUGCUUCGGCUUAGAGGGAAAGAUGCUGAUAUUUCACGUGAAGCCUCGGAGAUUCAAGAUAUGAACAAAAUGCUAGAAAGGGAUUCAAAGUCGAGCUUUUCUGAUUUGUUCCAGAGAAAGUAUAGACACACUCUCGUGGUAGGAGUCGGGCUAAUGUUGAUACAACAAUUCUCUGGUAGUACGGCUGUGAUAUCUUAUGCAAGUACCAUUCUUAGAAAAGCUGGUUUUUCUGUGGCCAUUGGAUCAACAUUGUUAGGCAUCUUCAUGGUACCAAAAGCCAUGAUUGGUCUAAUUCUUGUUGAUAAAUGGGGCAGACGGCCCCUCUUGUUGACUUCAGCGUGUGGGAUGAGCAUAACUUGCAUGUUUAUUGGGUUCGCCUUCACAUUACAGAAAAUGCAAUUGCUUCCGAAGCUAACUCCAGUUUUAACGUUUAUAUGCGUUACGCUAUAUAUUGCAUCUUAUGCAGUAGGAGUGGGAGCCCUCCCUUGGAUAAUUAUGUCUGAGAUAUUUCCAAUGAAUAUAAAAGUAACAGCUGGGACUUUAGUUACGUUGGCCUCAUGGUCAAGUAGUUCGAUCGUCACCUACUUUUUCAAUUUUCUAUUCGAAUGGAGCACUCAAGGAACGUUUUACAUAUUCGGGGCUAUUGGAGGAGCAGCACUGAUUUUUAUUUGGUUGCUCGUUUCGGAAACGAAAGGAUUAUCACUUGAAGAAAUACAACUUUCGCUUACUCGUUCUCGUGAACCCGACGAAAGAAAUCACACGUAGACUAAAAUGUCUACUUUUUCAUUGUAAUAUAUAAAAUAUAAAAUUAUUAAACUCGAUGUUUAUGAUUAUACUCAUCGAAAAAGAAUACUAUUUUACAGUUACAAAAAAAAAAUGAAAUACUAUUUUAGUUUUCUUUAUAAUAAAUUAAAUAUUUAUGUAACU